AUUACGUCACCGGACUUGUUGACGAGUUUCAACAUGGCGAUUGGCUUCAAGUCCAGUUCUAACAACUAAACAAUAGUAGAAUAGUAUGGCUGCAGUUGACGCGGCAGUUCUCAUCGGACUGUGUGAUGGGGAAAUCGAUUCAAAGCGAUAUCCGAUGUCUUUCUUGACGAACAAAAUUGGCGACCAACCGGACAAGCUUCCAGUGAUAUCAUGGCAACGUCCACGCUGUGGUCUAUGCAGCGCGGUCAUGGCCCAUGUGGUGCAGGUGUACUGCCCCCUAGCGGCGUCUCCCUACCACCGCACCCUGAAUGUGUUCGCCUGCCCCGGGCCACAGUGCAGCGGACAACCGGAAAGCUGGAGGGUUCUGCGUUCUCAGUGUCUGGAAUCAGAGGUCAGAACCAACCAUGUGGUCCAACCUCCAGGCCACGCCCCAGUUAAAGAGGUUCCCAUGACAACCACAUACUGGUGUGAUGGGACUGAUGACUGGGGUGAAGAAGAGGACAAGCAGGAGGGGGGAGAUGGAUGGGACAAGGCCCAGAACCAAGCUCAUAUGGGGGGAGAGGAUCCUGAGAUCCUCUCACUCACCGGGACCUCCUUUGAGCUGGAUGUGAGCGUCAAGCUUCAGGGACUCAGUCUGGAAGGAGGAGAAAAGGUGGUGGAGGAGGAAGGGGAGGUAACGGGUAACAUCCCUACCUACAGACCUUUCUACAUCAGUGUGGUGGAUGAGACGGACCUGGGUGGUCAGUCAGACCUGGAGCACGCUGAGACUCUGCUGAGGGAGUACGAGCAGAGAGAGGGAGUAGGGAUGAUCGGGAGCACUGAGGGGGGAGGAGGGGAGGAGAGGUACGAGAAGGACAACCCCAGACAUGGAGACGCGGUGUUCUCCCACUUCAUGAAGAGGAUCUCUGUGUGUCCGGAGCAGGUGUUGCGGUACAGCUGGCACGGGUCUCCUCUCUUCUUGUCUGACCCCCCCUCGGACCUGCCUUGGAUUAAACCUGGCUGCUGUCACUGUGGAGGAAUCAGGGUGUUUGAGUUACAACUGAUGCCUGCUCUGGUCAGCCUGCUGCAGAGGACAGACACUGGGUCAAGGUCAGCGGUAGAGAUGGGGGAUGUAGAGAUGAAUACGGGGCUGGAGUUUGGUACUGUGAUGGUGUUUACUUGUAGAAACAGCUGUUGGUCGUCAGGCUCAACCUCACCUGUGGAAGAGUUCAUCUAUCUACAGGCAGAUCCAGACCAGAAACUCUUCAAAUAACUCACUCAGUUUUCAUCCACAGUUUUUAUGCAAGUGAAGUGAUCAUAUUUUUGUUAAGACAUGGUGGGAUGUUUUUGUGUAAAAUUAAAUAUGCUAGAAAUACCUUUUUUAUGCAAAUAUUGGUAUAAUAACGAAGUAAACUUGGGAGUCGUGAUGAUAUGGUGUGUGGUCCUCCCACCACGACUCGGGAUUUAUUAGGCUACAGAUGAAGUAAGUUAUGAUGAACAUCACUGGGGGGGGCGAAAGCACAAGGUGAUGAGCUUGAUGCUCUUUUCCAAUAAAUAUCGGGGGUCUUAUUCUGGUGAUAUGAUGAUUAAUGCUUGACUGCUGUUUGACAAAUAAAAAUAUUACCACUCUUAUCCACUAUAAUGUCAUCAUGUAGAGUAGCCUACCAGCACUGAGCUGUUGGCUAGAGAGCAGGUGCCAAAAUCAGAGUAGGCCCAUGCGCUAUUUUAACACAACAGUCUUUGUGACAAAACUAUCAUUAGAGUGAAAAAUGCAUUGGAAACACAUUGAACUUUACAUUUUGAUUCGAUAUAUGAAAUUGCUCUGCCAUUUCCAGGUUGCAGAAAAUUCUAAUAGUUUGUUUAAUUUCAGUUUGUGACAAGCAAGCAUAGUGUAGAGAAACAUUGUACCAUCUAAACCGCUGUGAAAUAUAUUUUUCCAUGACCAUGAAUAUUGUAUUUUCAGCCGUCUGAAGCUGGUGAACAAAACCGGCAAGUAAAAGCAAGUAAAAACGAAACUUAGGCAUGUGAAGCAUAGAAAUAGCAUAGAAAAUAGAACAGAUCUACCGCCCCUUAGACUGGCUUCCAAUGAGAAUGACAGAUCUACCUCCCCUUAGACUGGCUUCCAAUGAGAAUGACAGGUCUACCGCCCCUUAGACUGGCUUCCAAUGAGAAUGACAGGUCUACCGCCCCUUAGACUGGCUUCCAAUGAGAAUGACAGAUCUACCGCCCCUUAGACUGGCUUCCAAUGAGAAUGACAGAUCUACCGCCCCUUAGACUGGCUUCCAAUGAGAAUGACAGAUCUACCGUAAUGGAAGAAUCUAGAUCUAGAUCUAGAAUAACGUAAUGGAAGAAUAAAGAUGUUUCUUGCUUUGUUUUGGAAAGAAUAAAGAAUUCAGAAAGUUAAACAUUGUUUGCCAAAAUAAAUAAUGCAUAAAAUAAAGACAAACAUUGAAAAAUAAAAGAGCCUGAGUAGAAACUGGAGAACGUUCUCGUUUUCACAACCUUCUGUAAUGAAACAGAAUCCAUAGAAGGGCGCUGACAUCACAGCAGUUGAUGUUGAGUUCUAUAGUUGCCAUGGCGCCAUAAUAGCAGCGUAAGCACAGAGCUCCUGUAAAUUUGUACAUAUUUUGUUAUUUUUAGGUGUUUUUCAUCGUUUUUUUUCAGCUCUUUUGUUUUAGAUAACAAUGAGUUUUUAUUGCAUAUAUCUGGUGUUUUUGAGCCACAGAUUUGCAGGUUGAUUGACAGGUUAACACUUUUUGGCUUGGCUAGCUAGCUUUUGUUUGAAAAAAAAAUGCAUCUGGACACAGUACUAUCUUUUUUUAAUUUCAUCUGGCUGCCAAUUCCAGAUCUUUGGAGAACUAAAUUUAAGGAGUGGCCUGAAGCGUGAUAAGAAUGGGAGACAGGAAUACAACAGUGCUGAGGCAGAGGGCUCAUAGUGAGGACGACUGGCUACUAUUCUGAACUGUGGUGAGCUUUCUGGAGCAUCAGCCAAGUGACUGCUACCCCGAUUUGGAAGAGUUUGACUUAACCCUCUACCACAUCACCAGCAGACUCUAUCGUCUACCAUCCUCUGACCAGCUCUCUCUGCUCAAGCUAUGAACUGACCCUCUCUAUCUUCAGCUGAAGCAGCUUUCAAAGACCUGGCCUCUAUUGGUUGACCUGUCGUGACAUAUUGCUUGUUUGUUGUUUUGCUUUGAGGUGCUAUGAAAAGCGUUAUAGAAGUAUACUAAAUGAUGAUGAUUAUUGUUGUUGCACAGUCAACUGAGCUGUGUCGUCUACUGUACAAUCUUCCCCUUUCUGGCUUUGUUGAUGAAUUUCUCUGAAUGUAAUGUAGCCUCUAUGUGGGGAAAUGAGAGCCUGAUAUGUAGUCUAUUUGGCUUCAACGUCUUCAUUUUAAUUACUAACAACAAGAUGGCUUUGUGUUGGAGCCCAUUUCUUCCUAUUUAAUAAAUAACAGUUAGGCAUACCUGUUGACAGACAUAUUAGUCUACAGGCUGCUAUAUCCAUAAAUUUGUCAGGUUACACCUCGUAUUUUAUUUUAUUUUAUCUAUCUGCUUGUUUGUAGGUGACCAAAUACUUAUUUUCCACCAUAAUUUGCAAAUAAAUUCAUAAAAAAUC